AUGUCAAUGACGACGUUGCUUACCUACAACCAGCACCUGGCCUUGGUGUGUGGCGCUACAGGCAACGUUCUACUGCUUUACAUAAUUAGGACUACUGCCAGUUUGGACGUGAAAGCCUAUUCCAGGCUUCUGGUGUUACACUCGGUGGUCGAUUUGUUAUUUGUUUUCGCUUUUACAGUAUGCUCCAUAGUAAGUCCCUUUACAUCGUUUACUGUAGUUUAUAUAUACCGUUUGUUGAUGUAGGUUCACCAUGAUUUCAGAAGAUAAUAACCACCGAAAGACUUUUGUUCCUGGUGGUCAGUGGUGUCUUAUCAGAUUACGGUACUUUGGUAGGGCGUAUCAGUAUAUUACUGUACACUAUGAUGGUUCUUCUGGAGAUUACCUUAAUACCUAUUGACUACUUUUAUCGUUACAUGUUACUCUGCAGGUGGGGGUCUAUUUAAAGAAAACUUAUCAGAGGUUACGGUAAACAAAUUAUGUAAAUUUCAGGAAUCAGAAGUUCACUACGACUAAGUUUAUAUAUUGUUUUAUCGGAGCGUUGGGCGUGUCUAUCUUCCAGAAUGUCAUCGGCAACACUUGUAUAGAGUUUGGUCCUACCAGUGACAAUAUCCACUACUGGAAGAUGAUCACUGAUAAGCAUCCUUUCGACAAGUUAUCACCAUUUGCAGUUUAUGAUCCAGAAUCCAACUCUAAAGUACAAUAUAACUUCAUAACAGCCGUCUGUAUCAUCGUCCUUUGCUACAGUAUUGUGGGUUACUGUACCUACCAGAUCAGGAAGACCCUUUUGUUGAACGAGAGAAGUCGAGUUCGUCGAGAAUCUCGAAGGAUCUCGGCUCAGAUCACGAGAGUCAUGAUCUUCCAGGCGCUGUUACCGUGCGUGGUGAUGUGUGCUCCAGCUUUGAUGAUUUGCGCUUGUUUCUUGAUUGGAGUUAACGUAGAACAGGCUGGAGAAUUAAUCUCGAUUCUGAUUCACUGGAUGCCCACGCUGAAACCUAUUGCUACGAUCUACAUCGUGCAUCCUUACAGAAGGGCUUUUCUACGGAAAUUACACUACAGUUUGGCUACUGAGACUACGGUAGUCAGUUCAAAUGAGGAAUCUUCAAUGAAGAACACUUUGUCAGAGCCCAACGAGGUGUAUUUGUAG